CUGGCCCUGGGUCCAGAGAAGCUACCCGGGGCCGGGCCGGGCCUGGCCGUGGCCCCAUCCCUGCCCGGGGCUGGGAGGAGGGAGCCGGCUGCUGGCCCCACCCGAUCUUGGGGUGAGGGCACCGCCCUACCCGGGGCACCCCGCCCUCUGUUCUCCAUCAGGGCUGGGGCGGGGCUCCCGGCUACCUGCCUGGCCCUGGAGGGUGGAGGCUCAGAGCUGGGGACCGCGCCCCAAUUCCUGCCAGGCCCCAAGCCUCCCUCCAGUCCGAGGGAGGCCGGGGAAAGAGCCGGGGCUGCGGGCCUGGGAGCCUGGAGGACCGAGCCAGGCCGCCGGAUGUCGCUGCGCCUCCCCGCCGCGCGCCCCGGCCUCCAGGUGCCCGGAUUUUAUCUCCCCAAGGAACCCAGCCAUGUGGACUCCCAGCCGAAGACACCUCUGUCUGGCUUUCUUGAUCGUUUGCCUCCUGUCAGCAAUAUCCUUCCUCCACCUCCACCUAGAUCUGCUUCACAAUGCCCUCGACCUGUCUGUGCUGUGUCCAUACCGUGACCUGGCAUCUCCGGUGGCCAUUGUGUGCAUGCCCAGCUCACCGUGGGCACCCAAUGACUCAUCCCCCAGUCCCGAGCACCUUCAGCCUCUCUCAGGCACCUGGACCAUUUACCCAGACGGCAGGUUUGGGAACCAGAUGGGACAGUAUGCUACCCUGCUUGCCCUGGCUCAGCUCAACGGUCGCCAGCCUUUCAUUCUGCCGGCCAUGCAUGCCACCCUGGCCCCGGUGUUCCGCAUCACCCUGCCCGUGUUGGCAGCCGAGGUGGAGAGCCGCACACGUUGGCACCACCUGCAGGUGCAUGACUGGAUGUCGGAGGAAUACUCCCGCUUGAACGAACCCUUCCUGAAGCUGUCUGGCUUUCCCUGCUCUUGGACUUUUUUCCAUCACAUGCGGGAACAGAUCCGCAGGGAGUUCACCCUACACGACCACCUUCGGGAGGAAGCUCAGUGGGUCCUGAGUCAGUUCCGUCUGGGUCCCAAUGGUCGCCACCCCCGGACAUUUGUGGGUGUUCACGUCCGUCGUGGCGACUACCUAGAGGUGAUGCCUGAUCGCUGGAGGGGUGUGGUAGGUGACCAGACUUACCUCCAGCAGGCCAUGGAUUGGUUUCGAGCCCGGCACAAAGACCCCAUCUUCGUGGUCACCAGCAAUGGCAUGGAGUGGUGCCAGAAAAACAUUGACACCUCCCAGGGUGACGUGGUCUUUGCUGGCAACGGGCUAGAGCGCACACCAGGGCGGGACUUUGCCCUGCUCCUGCAGUGCAACCACACCAUCAUGACUAUUGGCACAUUUGGCUUCUGGGCUGCCUACCUGGUUGGUGGGGACACCAUCUACCUGGCUAACUUCACCCUGCCGGAUUCUGAUUUUCUAAAGAUCUUCAAACCCGAGGCUGCCUUCCUACCCGAGUGGGUGGGCAUUAAUGCCGACUUGACUCCCCUGAGGACUCGGAGUUACCGCUGGGAGAGACUUUAUGGAAUGAUCUGAUCCAUUUAGCACCAUUGGGUAUGGGUUUUCCAGGAAGCUCCUGCAUAAGCCUGAGAUGGUCCCAAAGCAGGUGGAUAUUGAUCAUUUCUAGAACAAUUCUCAUUGGCUAGCCUUCAAGAAGAGGGAAUGGCCUUUCUGGAACCAUCCCAAUGCUAGGAGCAGCCAGACAUUAUCUGAUAGCCAGCCUUGCCUGGCAGUUUCAGAAAUUUCAGUGCUCACCUGCUCUUCCUAAUUUGUAUCUGUUGUACUUCUGGAUGGCUGCAACCCUCCCUUCAUGACUGAGCUGGUUCUUUUUCUAGAAGAGAUCUUAUUUCUCCCUUGCAUCUUCAGAUAACAAAAGGAAGUCAGGAUUUACGAGUAGAGCAAGCCUCAGGGGAGAAAGAACAAUUAUCUGUUCCUGUACAAGGCAUUCCUCCAUUUUUCUCAUGUGUUUCUGGAGUUUCUGGUUUAUUCCAGAGAAGGCCACGUUUAAGGCCCCACGAAGAAUCCUACGGGACUUUCGCAGAGGCAACAGACAGAUCACGGAGAGAGAACCUAAUGAAGACACAACCAAAGCUCAACAGUCUACCACUGCCAGAAAGCUCUGGUAAACAAGUCAGUCCCUUACUGUGCUCCCCACAGCCUCUGAAAACAGCAGGUUGUAAGUAGAGCUUAUUUCUGUCCAGCCCUCACUUCCAAGAAAGCCUCAAAGAAAUUGUCUAGGAGGAAGGAAGAGGCUCAAAUAUGACAGA